AUGCUAAAGGAAAAUCAUGAUGAUUCUAAUGAUGACUAUGACAAAGACGAAAAGCAACAGAAAUAUUCCAAGACACUCUAUUUGGUGCUGAUGGUUGGCGCUUUGUCAAUCUUUCAUCAUCAAGUCAAUCUAGUCUUUUUUACCCCAGCAGUGUUACCAUCCCAACGACAAAGGACCCCCGUCAGAGCAGUAUCGAAUCGUUAUCGCCUGUCGUCGUCUACAGAAGAGGAGGAUGGUUCAGCCUCAGUCAGCAAAGCUAUCGACACUACCAUGCAAAGUGUUCCAAGAACCAGUGCCAUUCCAAGCAACAGGAACGACAGCAACGGCAGCAGCACGAUUCGAAUGUCAUCAUCUGAGCACAAUGAAGAGGAAUGUUUAAGAAGAAAGUGCCAUCCACAAGACAAACAUUACAAUAUCAUACUCUUGGAUCACUACGAACAGGCUGGACUUGGGGAUCGACUCUUUGUCUUUCGCAGGCUAGCACUUUUGGCAGCUUAUCUGUGUGCCAAGCUCUACGCUCCUCCACCUUACACCAUGUUGGCAAGCUUUCACAAUGACGACCAACCAGUCCCAAAGAAUCUUAGUUGGGCGGAAAUGGAAGACAUUUGGUUCCUAGAUGACAAUUCCAGUGUUUUAGUUACCUAUGAGUUGGAUCCAGUGGACGAAUAUUAUCAUGAUGAUAGUAGUACUACCACUACUAUCGAUCAAGAAGCCUUUCACUUGAAUGAAUACUUCAAGGAUGAUCCAAAGUACUCCAGCUGGCUCCGAUUGCGAUUCAAUGACCAUGGCAGCAACCUAGAAAAAGUAUUUGAGAAUCAAGUGAAACGACUGGAUGACUUUGUCACUGAGCAACAGCAACAUGACAAACCACUCAAGAAGGGUUUCAUUUGGGAAGUGUAUCCAGUCUUGUACCACUACUACGAUGCUUUUGACAAGUGGAGAAACCAUACAAUGGAAAAGGACGGGGUUUGCCCGUACACGGAACACUUGAAGUCCACCGCCUCGCAUCAAGUGAAAAAUAGAAUUGUCCAGUUUCUACAGGAACAGUAUCCGGAUUCCAGCCACUUUGUACCACUUCACAUUCGCAGAGGUGACACGAAGGAUGUAUGCGACACGUCCCUUGCGAAAAUGAACGAGUUCUUGUCUUGUUCUUUCGCAGGCUUUGCUCCUCGUGGGAAGGUUGUAGUGCUACUGGCAACAGAUGAACGCGAUAAUUGCUAUCGUCAAGCUAUCCAUACCAUGAUUGAAGACCUUGGACAUGGUUUUUUGGACUUGGAUACCCUUGUUUGGGACGUCCUUCGCGACAUGUUUGCCCAGACCACAAAUGCCUACCUUCUGAACAACAUGUUUGUAUACAAAGUCAUUUCAAAUAUCCGGGACGAUGAUCGAGUCCGUACUGCAUUGGAGAAACGAAGGGAUCAAUGCCCAGACUGCCAGUCACUACUAGCUACAUUUCUCGUCGAUAGUACUACUAGUACUUCCCACGGAACUGGCAGUUCAGUGAGCCAUUUGCGACCCUCCAAUGGACUUGCCGUUGAAUCCACAAGGAUUGAUUUGCAAGCAGUACUAGAGGCUUAUGAAGUGUGUUCAAAACAAGCAGAACAAGAUACUGAAUGA